GAACUAUUUUCUUCAAACUACGAAAGCACUUCCGGCGGUUGUCGUGUGUGAUCAACAAUAAUCAUGGUUAUGGGACAGUUGUCAUAAAAUUAUCGAUAAAUUGAGAAAGGAGGAAGGAAUAAGACAAUGUCUGAUCAGGAGGUAUCCCCUGAGAGAGCCCCUUCUAGGGAAGAUAAGGAAGAAUCGGAAGGGGAAUCCAAGAUCAAAGUUGACGAGAACAGUCCAGAAACGGAUACAAAGACUGAGGAUGAGAGUGGACUGUCUCCUCCGGACAGGUCGGAGAGUCGUGAAUCAGAGCGUCCCGGAAGUUCCCAGAGUACAGGUCGCCCAAAGAGUAGCAGCAGCGACACAGCUCAACCAUUGAAAGGAUCACGCAAAAAGAAGAAGACAAAUAUUGAUCCCGAUGCCAGACAAGUUACUUUCACAAUUACAAUUUGUAUUGCCGUACCUACAAGUAAGUAUAUUCUGGGAGGGAAACAGUCUCAGUCAACUUCGCCCAAAUCUCUGUCCGUUACCACUGAAAGGACAGUCAAUACUCCCGAAAGGGUAGACAAUACCCCCGAGAGGCUCCACAAUAUAUUUGAGAGGACUUAUAACACCCCCGAAAGAACAGAGCAAAAACCAACUGCUCGUGUUGAAGAUGAGGAUGUCCCUGACAUCAAACAGCUGAUCAAGAAGAAGAAGCAGGUGUUUGAGGCGCCCCGGGCCCAGAACUACUACCACUUGGAGUACUACCUGACCCCCGAGGAAAGCAGCCUACAGAAGGUAGAUGUGGUCACCUACGGACCGGCCGCCAUUAUCUUCAUGGCGUCACAUGAUCCGCGGAUCGUCCGGACCUGGAUCGAGGGAGAACUUACAUGGGUUGCAUGGACUCAUAAACAUGUUGUCAACAUCUCCAGUGAGUUGUUACUCAAGAUGUUCACCCACAACAUCGAGUUGAGAAUCUGGGACACAAAGGAGAAGGUGGGGGCCAAAGCUCGCUUCACCAAACCCAAGCAGUUCAAGAUUCCUAACUCAAAGCCAGGAGAAGAGGACCAGAACAGUGCUCGUAGCAUCGUAGUGAGACUUUCAAAGAGCUUCGCCAAACACCAGCCCAAGAAAGCCAAUGAGAUCCGGCCAAUCCCCACUCAGGUGUCCUUCCACUCGAUGGACAAAGUCCUCCGACCUGUAGAGGAGGAGAAACCCUUAGAGGCCAAGCCAUCCUAUGACUCUAAUCCCCAGGCCCCAGGGGACGGUCCCUCCCAGGGAGGACCCCCAGGGUCUCCCACCCCCAAAACCCUGGUGGGGGUUCCCAACCAACAGCCAGAUCAGGAGGGAAGGUCAUCAUUUAGUCGCCUGGGUCGUUUAGCAAACUACGACGGCACAGAGGAGCCCUCGGGCAAAGAAUCUCAUAGGAGUAAGUCCAGCUCAGGGAAGAAAGAUGCAGGAGGACCCAAAACAUCUCCCUCCAGGUCCAGAGGUCCAAAGUCUGCAGAAUCCUCAGGCUCUGUCAGAAAGCAGGCUUCUGUCUCAGCCAAUCAGGUGAAAGCCCCACGUAGAACAAAAAAACAAGAAAUGGCGGCUCAGCAGGCUGCGGAACAAAUCCGUAAAUAUGGAAUCUGCAUGGUUCCAAUCCGGAUGGCCUUGUUCUUCUCAGGUAUGAAGACGGUCACCAAUCGGCUGAAGACGCCUGUCCCUGGGAUAGAGGACAUGUUUAUACAGCUGAAGCUGGACGCCCCGCUCAUGUCCGAGGAGCAGAGAAAGGAGCUUAAUCCAAUGAUCUUCACCAUCAAAAGUGCCUCAAACCUGCCCAACACUCCUAUGUCGUAUGACGAGCUCAAUGACAAAUGCCAGCCUGUGUUUUGUAAAUAUCAGUUCUACAAGCAGCCGGAGCAUUGCAGCAUGGGAAGGGAGCAGAGAGAAAAUGUCUACUGGGAUGAUGUUAAUGUAGUCUUAUUAGGAACUUUGGAGCCCUCAGAACUGAGGCAGUAUUUGAGUGGUCCUCCUCUAGAGAUUGAGGUCCACGAUAGAGAUAGAAAACCUGAGGGAGUGAAGCUAAAACCCACCCUGUUCGGGGACGAUCUGGAAGACGAGAAAAUCAGUAAUGUUGGAACUGUCGCAAGCAGAAGAACUGUACACAACCCAUUCAAGGGUAGAAAUAAACCCUGGGAUCCCUAUGGAGUGGCCAAGGUGGAUCUGUCAGAGCUGCUACUGGGACAUCAAUUCCUCCACCUAAAAGUUCCCAUCCAUAACUGCCCCAUUCCGGACGUGUUCCCCACGGAACAGAGGGAGGAUGGGCGCAGCGUGGGGGUGAUGGGGGCGGUGGACGGACCAGUGGAUAAACCAUACAAUGCUGGUCAUUAUGUACAGUCCAAUGCCAUGCUGAAAGUGAAAGUAGAACUAGCCAACCCCCUGACAACUCCUACAGAGGUGGCCGCUAAACAGCCCUUAUCCUCCACCCCACAGUGUCCCUUUGGUCGAAUAACCUACAUUUUCAACUACAAAAACACAACCAUCUUGAACCAGUUGGAGACUCUGGUCACAGAGAUCAAUGCUAAGGCUCUACAGCUGGACGACAUGCCUCCACACGUGAUCAGUGCCGCACUGUCAACCUAUAAACUGUCAUUGGCACAGCAGAAGAGCAGAGAUCUGGACAUUAUGACCGGGUUCCAGGUGAUGGACGGAGAUAAGCAUGUGUUUGUCCUGGAGGGACUCAAGGACAGGGCUAUCUCCUACGUGUGGGAGACCGUCCCUGCCCCAGAGAACUCAGAUGUGCGAGUUCUGUACAACUCGGACCUGAGCUUCAGUGAUCGUCUGUACGGCCCGCUGGACGUUGACCUUUGUCGAGUCAAGCUUCAUGAGCCUCUCAGUCAGAUCAUACAGCAGCCAUUGUUGUACGUGAGAGACAUGGUGCCCAAGCCCUGCUUCCAGGGGCUGCUCAACCUUCACCAGCUGAUCAACUCCAACGUGAUGAAGGAUGUGGUCAGGAACUCGCUGUUCCCCACAGCUGACAUGGUCAUCUCCAUGAGUCGCGAGUUUGGUGUCCCCAUCACACAGGAAGAUUUUGAUGAGCUCCAGCCUUACAAACCAGAGACUGUGGAAGAGAGGGAGGGACCUGUUGGUCAGACCGCCAUCCACGAGCCUCACGUCUGGACCCCCAUCGACCACUUCAACCCCCAGUACAUGGAGGCCAUAGCUGCACGCCAACAGAGGGUCAACUUCAUUAAAGAAAACAAGGAUGACAUAAGGGUGGUCAGUGAUAAGAACAAGGAGGAGCACGAGAGAACCAAAGUACCGACGAUUCGCGCGGACGUCACAGUGGCCCAUAACUACAGCUCACAGUCACUCAACUCGACCGAGCUCGCCAAAGAGAAACUCAGACAGAUGCUAGCAGAGGAGCCAGACACCAGGUUCACCUACUGCCAGGAGUUCCACCACUCCAUGACCGUGGUGCCGGUCAAUGUGGAGGCCCUCAAGAAAGCGGAGAAGGAGGAGUCUCAGGCCAGGUGGAAGACGGAGAAGGGGUGGAUAUACCCAGGAAUGAAGUCCACGCUGGAGUGUAAUGAACAUCCACAGAGGCCCAACACAGCCCGCAUUGAGGAACUGCAGGAGAAAUGGAGAGAAAACUUCUUCCACGUAGGAAUGCUUCAACCUCCACUGGACCGUGACAAGUUCCCCUGGACACACCGUAGAUACGACUUGGAGCUGUACAAACGCCCGCAGUCAUGCUUCAUCAGAGAACCAGUCACCAUCCACCUCGCCGGACAAAAGCUGAAGGAGGAGAAAAUAGCCGCCUUCCGUAAAGACCUCGAGGUCUGGAGGUCGAAGGUCGUUGUGGACGAAACCCGGCAGUACUUCCACCGAUGUCUGAAAGAGACGGAGUUAAAUGAGCGCGGAAAAAAGGGGCAGAACCAGGUGGAUAAGCUGCAGGGUCUGUUGAAAGACAAACCAGUCAAGUUCUCGCUAAGGAAGCGGGGUCUGGGGCUAAAGGAAGUGCCUCCGUUGAACGUGGUGCUGAAUCCCAGCGUGGACACAGCAGCUCGCGAGGCCGGCCUUCCCACAAUUCCUGCUGUGGAGAACGAAGGGCAGGAGAAAACCAACGGGUUCAAACCGGGGCCUUACGAAGACCACAGCUGGAAUCUGGAGAGGAAUAAGAUCCCCGUGUAUGAUUACCAGCAUAGACAGUUCAGGGAGAGCAAGGGGGCCGACUUCAAUGCUGUACACACGGAGCGGACCAAGCUAUAUCGCCGAACCAUCGUCCCCCUACAGGACUGGGAGAGAGACAACCAUCUUUUCUGGAUUCCCGACGACGUCACAAAGUUUGGUCCGUACGAAGGAAUCGUCCCGGAAAACAAGUCCUCGCUCCCACCAGUGGAGAACCCGAAUGUAGCCUUCCCCAGCAUGAUCGCUCAGUCCCUCCCUCCAACAAACAACAAGUUAUAUAAUGCAAAAGAGGCCAUGGUCAGUUAAUGUCAUGUUAAGAAUGAAAACAUUGUUGGAAGUGGAACUAUUUGGAUUGUAAGAUUUGCCUGUUUAGAGAACUUCAUUCUUUAUGAAAUCUCUAUUCGAAUGGAUUGUUAUUUAUUUUUAUAAAUUUAAAUGUACAUUAUUUUCUACAUGUACAUUGUAAAAAUAAAGUUUGUAAAUGCAACAUCCUUCUCUUUCCCCUUUCUAGUAUUUGGUCUGUGAGGUGUCUAAUAACUGAAUUAUGAUUAUAUAUACUGCUGAUGCAUAGUGCCUUUAUGUUAUAUAUUGCCCAGCAUUUGUUUUUUUUCUUAAUAUCUACAUUGGGUAUAUUAUUUUUGCUCCAGAUCUUCAUAUCAAGGUGCCUUCUGGAAGUGUAUUACCGUAAAUAAAUAAGAAAUGUUUAUUUUUUGCCUGUGAUAAACUUUUUACCCAUUUUAGCCAAAUUUAAAAAAUGAGGGUAUGUUUUUAUAUUAUUUUUUCCAUUUUUAAUGUUUAUUGAAAUGAACUGAUACAGAGUUAAAGUACUUGCAUAAUACCGUUUGUGGUUGGCAAAAUAUCAUAUGUUGUAAAAAUAUAGAAGCUUUAUUAUUUUCUUCAAAAAAGUUUGAAAUGAGGGUUUGAGUUUUUAUUGUACAAACUUCAGAUCUUUUUAUUCAACAAAUUAUUUAUAAGUUAAGAUUUUGUGUAUUGAUUGGUAUACAAGCUUCAAUUAAAGUUUAUAUAUGAGAUAAAGCAGGGUGGUAAAAUAAAAUUAUGACAGAUAAAAAUAUAUAAGAUGCACAGAUGUGAGUAUAGUAUGUGUUAUAUGAGAGAGAGAGAGAGAGAGAGAGAGAGAGAGAGAGAGAGAGAGAGAGAGAGAGAGUGGGAGAGAGAGAGUGGGAGAGAGAGAGAAAUUAGAUAGUUUAUCUAUUAACUAUGUAGAUUGAUAGAAAGGGGCAACAUUUGUUCUCCCGCCAAAUCGGUGGCAAAACUGCUGAAAUGUUGACAAUAAUUAUAUAUAUAUAUGUGUAUUAAAUAUUCCAAUAUAUUUGUAAAUGUAUUAUGAGCUGUGUUUUAUUUACAUUAUUACAUAUGUCUGUGAAGUAUUAUAAUGUUGAUAUAUCAGUGGUUAAAUCUGCUUUUAUAUUUAUUUAGUUGACAAAUGUAGUCCCAUUAUACCAUGAUGUUUUCAUUAUUUACAACUUUGGCAAAGCAAUCUGUGAUGUUUGUCUUCAAAAUAGGAAAUAAGAACUCUACAAUAGAUUAUAUAUUAUUUACAAAAA